GGGAACUCAGUGUCUGCUGGGGUGGGCCGGGAUUCAGAAAGAGUUGCUUGCAGCAGCAGAAAAAGUUGCAGUACCAGUGGGAUGUGUGCCAAGAAAUUGUCAAAAUAAGGACUCAGGGAGAUGACACCCACAGCUCAUCGGACGAUGAGGCCAAGGGAUGGCCACACCCGGCCUGUACUGCAGACUGGUACAGGGUGAAGUUCUGCUGUUGUGCUGUUCUCUGAAAUGUUGACCAUGUACGAACACUAGUGUAAAAGUAUGUUUUGACCUACAAGAACUCAGAGUGAUCCACUACAUCAGCUGUAAAGAAACUGCUCCAAGCAUUUAAGCAUUCAUACUGCUGAUGCUCCACAUCACAGAGACUGGAUGCACUGAUUUACCUUCAGGUACUUGUUCCUGCCCAAAGCUAUGGGAAGCUUCAACACCAGUUUGGGAGGAGGCUUCAUUUUGGUGGGCUUCUCAGACUGGCCUCAACUAGAAAUCAUCUUCUUUAUUUAUAUUUUGAUUUUCUACUCCUUCACUCUCUUUGGCAACACCACCAUCAUUGCUCUCUCCCGAAUGGACCCUCAAUUACACACUCCCAUGUACUUCUUCCUCUCCCACCUCUCCUUCCUGGACCUCUGCUACACCACCAGCACUGUGCCCCAGCUCCUGAUCAACCUUCAUGGACUUGACAGGACCAUCAGCUAUGGAGGGUGUGUGGCCCAGCUGUUCAUAUUUCUCGCUCUGGGCUCCACAGAGAGUUUGCUCCUGGUGGUGAUGGCCUUUGACCGCUAUGCUGCUGUGUGCCGUCCACUGCACUACAUGACCAUCAUGCACCCCCUUCUCUGCCAGGCAUUGGCGAUUGUCUCCUGGGUGGGAGGCCUCGUGAACUCUCUGAUCCAGACAAGCCUUAUGAUGACCAUGCCCCUCUGUGGCCAUCGACUGAAUCACUUCUUCUGUGAGAUGCCUGUGUUCCUCAAGUUGGCCUGUGAAGACACAGAAGGAACAGAGGCCAAGAUGUUUGUGGCCAGAGUGGUGAUUGUUGCAAUUCCAGCUGUGCUCAUCCUGGGCUCCUAUGCACAGAUUGCCAGGGCAGUGCUGAGGGUCAAGUCAACAGCUGGGCGCAGAAAGGCUUUUGGAACUUGUGGGUCCCACCUCCUGGUAGUUUCUCUGUUUUAUGGCUCAGCCACCUACACAUACUUACAGCCCAAGGACAGCUAUUCUGAGAGCAAAGGGAAGUUUGUUGCCCUUUUUUAUACUAUCAUCACCCCCAUGCUCAACCCUCUGAUUUAUACCCUGAGGAACAAGGAUGUGAAGGGGGCUCUGUGGAAGGUGUUAGGGAGAGGAACAGCCACAGGAUAGGAAAGAACAGGUGAGCAGUGAAAAGCUUUAUAUUCUGUCAGUCCAGAGGGGAGCUAGAUGUCAAUGCAAGUACAAUUAAUUAUGUACAUUCAUGUGACUGUCAAAGCAUAUAAAAACAGAAAAACAAAAACAAAAACAGUCUUGGGCUGGCAAGAUGGCUCAGCAGAAAAAGGAUUUGCUGCCCUGGAUUGGAGUUUGAUGCUUGAAUUCCAUAUGGUGGAAAAGAUAGUCAAGACCUCUGACCUCCCUAUACAUGUAUAUGUGUGUGUGUGUGUGUGUGUG